AUUAGUCUUAUUGUUUGAUUCGUUAAUAUUAAUCACUUCGAGUUCAUUACCAGUGAAAUCGUCGUUAAAAAAUGAAGAAUUGGAAAGUUUUAUUAAACUAACGCUUCCUUUACUCAAACAAAACUUCGUUAAUAGACAAGAGUUGGACUCCUUUUACAAUAUGUUGGCUAAUAAUGAAGACAUUCUUCUUAGAAGUGAACAAAAGAAGAAUACAAAAAGUUUGGAUGCGUUUGAAAGUGUGAAGAGAAAGCACGACGAUUACGGACACUUGCGAUUUGGUCGCAACGACCCGUCGGUCCCCCAAUUGGACGCUAGAGUCAAAUACAAUGACCCCGAUUACGGACACAUGAGAUUUGGCUAAAGCUUUUCGUAACAAACUUAUAAUUUAAGAGAAUAUUUCACUCAUAAAAAUAAUAAAAGUCCAAAUAAUAAGCUGUAAACUAAUGUUUAUAAUUAUUUAUUCAUUACUUGAUUUUAUUAAUCAAAUUGUUUUGUUUCUCUCGAUAUAUGAC